AAAAAAAAAAAAAAAAAAUCUGCGAGGGGUUGGGCUGAGCCGCGCUGGUGAGCAGCGCGGAUCUUCUGCUAGAUCUCUGGCUGUGCGUUCGUUCAGCUCCGUGGCCUCGCGCGCCAACCACCAUGGAGAUGCGGCCUCGUCUCGUGGCCACCUGUUUGCUGGGCAUCAGUUUCCUGCUCCUCGUCACCUCUUCUGAUGGACAUACUGGGCUUGGAAAGGGUUUUGGCGAUCAUAUUCAUUGGAGGACACUAGAAGAUGGGAAGAAAGAAGCAGCUGCCAGUGGAUUGCCCCUCAUGGUGAUAAUCCAUAAAUCCUGGUGUGGAGCUUGCAAAGCCUUAAAGCCUAAAUUUGCAGAAUCUACAGAAAUUUCAGAACUUUCCCAUAAUUUUGUUAUGGUAAAUCUUGAGGAUGAAGAAGAACCCAAGGAUGAAGAUUUCAGCCCUGAUGGGGGUUAUAUUCCACGAAUCCUUUUUCUGGAUCCCAGUGGCAAGGUGCAUCCUGAAAUCAUCAAUGAGAGUGGAAAUCCCAGCUACAAGUAUUUCUACAUCAGUGCUGAGCAAGUUGUACAGGGGAUGAAGGAAGCUCAGGAAAGGCUGACGGGUGAUGCCUUCCGAGAGAAACGUCUGGAAGAUGAGUUGUAACAUGAAUGUAUCCCUUCUUUGAUCAAAGUUAGUAUUCUGGAAGGAAAGCUGCAGUGGAGGGAAUAUUUGAGGAAUCACCAGGACAAUUAAACCAACCAGGAAACUUUGUUCUACCUUCGCUGGAAGGAUCCCUCACUGUGGAAGAUUUCUGCUAACAGAAGCUGGUCUCCAUGUUUGGGCAUCCAGCAAAGUGUGGCAGACUUCCUUCUCCUUCUCCCUCUCACCUACAGGUUGACUUGUCUUUAAAGUCAGGAGUGAAACCUUUGAUAAGAAACUUGAGCCAUUUGGAGGUUUACUCCUCAAACUUAAGUAUUUGAGUCUUUUCUCAUUUCCUCCCACUUACUCACCUUGGUGAUAAAAGGAAACCAUUAACACCUUUUAUACAAUGUUAAAAUUGCAGAAAUGGCUUAUAAAUCUAAAAAAAAAAAAAAAAACCUAAAAAACCUAAAUAUCAAUCAGUAAUUCUACCCCCUAUGGAGGAGACCAGUCUGUUUUUGCUCCUGGGAAUAAUCUUGAGCUUCUUCCCGAAUCCCUGCAGCUUCCUGCCUCUACUCCUGCUUGGACUUCUGUUUGCACAAGCACGUGUGCAGGACUGGCUGUGUCUUUGGACUCAGCCCCAGCUGGAAGCAUGCUUUUUCUUGUUACUGUUGGAGAAACUCAAGCCUUCAAGCCCUAGGUGGAGCCAUUUUUGUCAAGUCAUCAACUGUAUUUUUGUACUGGGGUCAACAAAGAUAAAAUAUUAAUUAUUCCAUUAAACUUUAAUAAAACUUUAGAAGGAA